AUGCCUCCAAAACGCGCCCAAAUUCAAUCAAAUUCAGAGGAGGGUAAACUUGCCCUCGCUGUCAACGCUAUUCGCAAUAAACAAAUUCCCUCUAUACGUCAAGCUGCCCGUGUUUACGAGGUCGACAAGUCUAUGAUUCGUAAUCGACUACGUGGAGUCAAACCUCGGAGUGAAUACGUCCAAAAAGUUGCAAAUUAA